AGUUACAGGGGAAUGAUAUGGGAGGACAAUAUGAGAUACACCGAGCAACACAACAUCGAACACUCAUUGGGAAAACGCACAUCUAAAAUGGGAAUGAACAAAUUUGCAGCUCUGACCAAUGAAGAGUUCAAUAAGCUAAUGAAUGGACUUCCCCGAAUCGAAGCUGUUAACAUGACUGAAAUUGAAACUGAUGAAAGAGAUGAAAGUAGUGAAUCUGAAGAAAGUCACAUUCAAUUGAGAACUGCAACUGUUGACUGGCGGAGAGAAGGAUUAGUUACUCCAGUGAAAAACCAGGGUCAAUGUCAUUCUGACUGGGCUUUCAGUGCAACUGGUGCCAUAGAAGGACAGUGGGCAAAAAGGCAUGGAAACUUGGUUUCUCUCAGUGAACAGAAUCUGAUUGAUUGUAAGGAACCAAGAAACGGAUGCGUUCUUGGAACGGCAUUGAACGCCUUUCAUCAAGUGAUUGAUUUUCAAGGCAUCAACUCUGAGGAAACUUACCCUUACACAGGAAAGGUGGGACGCUAUUGCAGAUUUGAACCAGAUAAAAUUGCUGCUAAAAUCACUGACAGCAAAUGGGUUUGGGGAGGCGAGGCAGCAUUGGAACAAGCAGUGAGAGAGAUAGGACCGAUGGCUGUUGUGAUUAAUGCAAGUCUGAAAUCUUUUCAACAUUAUAAAGGAGGAGUUUACUAUGAUGAAAAUUGCAAUGGAUAUGUAACCAAUGAAGUGCUGGUGGUUGGUUUUGGAAUUGAGGAUGGAAUGAGCUAUUGGCUGGUUAAAAACAGCUGGGGAACAGACUGGGGUGAAGAAGGGUACAUCAAAAUUGCCAAGGAUAGAGGGAAUCACUGUGAAAUUGCCAGUUUUGUGCGGUACCCUGUCGUGUAAUGAGCCAACUGAUAAGACAGAGCUUCAUCAAUUCCA